AUGACCAACGAUCGCAAGGCUGUCCCCUCGGAGAUCUGGCAAGUGGCCAGCAAGAUUAUCGACACCCAGGGCAUUUACGGGCAAAAGGGGCUCAGGAAGCUCGCCGAAUCAGAGCUGGGUAUGGAGAUCCAGACGGAAGACCAUGACCCGCUGGAAGACGCGCAGGCGACGAUGCGGUUGUAUCUCCUCAACCACCCCUACAACGGCCGCACCAGCUUCCAGGACCCGGAGCCGGCAGUCAACGAGACCGCCGCGGCGAGAGGCUCCCCCAAGGCGGACUCUGCUGUCGCGAAAGACUCUCCCGAGGCAAAGCCCACCGCGGCCGUAGAGGACACUCUCAGCGCCGACAUCGAGACGGGCCUGGGUCAGCUCGCGCUGAGCGAGGCGGAGCUCCAGCCCAGCAAGGAAGGGGGAAAGGGCAAGAAGCCGCGGAAGCCUAUUUUUUGGUAG